AUGCCCUCCAAGAAAGUUGCCCCAGCCCCAUUGGCCGCUAAAGGCCAGACCGUCAAGGCCCCAACUAACCCGCUUUUUGAGUCCAGAAAGAAGAACUACGGCAUUGGCCAGGACAUCCAACCAAAGAGAAACUUGUCUAGAUUUGUGAAAUGGCCUCAGUACGUCAGAUUGCAAAGACAGAAAAAGAUCUUGUCGAUGCGGUUGAAGGUUCCUCCUGCCAUUGCCCAGUUUCAAAACGUCUUGGACAAGAACACCGCCACUCAGACCUUCAAGUUGUUCAACAAGUACAGACCAGAGACUGCUGCUGAAAAGAAGGAGAGAUUGACCAAAGAGGCUGCCGCCAUUGCUGAAGGCAAGAAGGCUCACGACGUCUCUCCAAAGCCAGUCGUUGUCAAGUACGGUUUGAACCACGUUGUCUCUCUCAUUGAGAACAAGAAAGCUAAGUUGGUGUUGAUUGCCAAUGACGUUGACCCAAUUGAGUUGGUCAUCUUCUUGCCUGCUUUGUGCAGAAAGAUGGGUGUGCCAUACGCCAUUGUCAAGGGCAAGGCCAGAUUGGGUACUUUGGUUCACAAGAAGACUUCCUCUGUGGCUGCUUUGACAGAAGUGAUUGCUGAGGACGAGGCGGAAUUGUCCAAGUUGGUUUCUACCAUCAACGCCAACUUCAUUGAGAAGUAUGAAGAGCACCGUAAGCACUGGGGUGGUGGUGUUAUGGGUAAAAAGCACAAUGACAAGGUCGCCAAAAGGGCCAGAGCUUUGGAAGCUGCCCAGCCACGUGCUUAG